UGAGAGCAUCGCAGCGUGGGUUGCUGACGGGCCAGCAAGAGUCUAGACUCUAGAGCCUAACCAGAGUUAGGCAGGGGGGAAGAAGAACGAAGACCACGACGAGUAAUAAGGUGAUUCUGUUGGCGAUAGAGAGAUCAUGGCUUUCGCUGCUGUCUUCUUCUUCGCGAUGUUCCUAGCCGCAUCCUGGCUGGUGGCGCAGCCGGUUAUGGCGCAACAGGGUCAGCAGUCUAUUCCUGAUUUGAUCGAGGGAUCCACGGCACGUAAGGAUUUGGGUGUUUUCGCUGAGAGUUUGCGAUCCGUCCCGGAUGCUCUUCAAGCGAUGGAGAGUCAGCGUCAAAAAACCUGAAGGGGUGACCAUCUUCGCACCCACCGACGAAUCGCUGCUCGCUGCGCCGGAGUCUGUUACACAAUGUCUGCGACAAUCACCUCGAUCCAAUGAGAUUGCGUCGGCUUUCUUGCUAUCUCACGCGAUUCCCGGGAGUCUGCCGAUCGACGCGCAGACGACGAAGGUCAGCCAGUCGCCGAAUGGCAAGUUCACUGGCAAGUUCACUGGCAAGUUCAUGCAGCCCACGUUGGCGGGAGGAGACUCCAGCGCCGUCGUUAUCCGCCAAGCGGCAUCAAGGUACCCUGGCGCAAAUACAGGCAUCUUCGUGGAUGAUGCGCAGAUCUUACCGGAUGGGUCCAACGUCGUGACUGCUUCGGGUCUCGUCGUGCACGCCAUCGAUGGGCCGAUUCUUACUCCGCAUGUCGUGCAGAUGCUCAGCGAAGCCUGUCCGGGGGCGGUGCCCUCCGCCCCACCUCCGCUCACUCCGGUGGACGGCAGUAGGAGCGCACGGACAUGGGGAGGAGGUGUCACAGCUUCGCUAAGAUACAGCGAUGGAGCGACUAGGAGGGAGGAGGAGCGGCACUAACGCACCGUCACGCGAAAUGGCAGAGAGCUGGACCCCCAGUUGGUCUUUUGACUCUAUGUUGAUUGUAUGUCAGCAGGCAAUAAUGUCGGUCGAGCUCAGCCCGUUGAUUGUCGCCUUGCAUCCACGGAAUCACGGAUGUAGCCUGUUUGAGCAAGCGGAACGUCGUUGAAGACAAGAAAGCAGACAGGGAACUGACGCACGAGAGGGAUAUGGUGAAUUUGCCGACGGGCGACUGGACAAGUGGAAUUUUAAACAAGCACCGACAUGAGGAUCGAGGAAAGUUUAGAGUAAACGAGGAAAAAGAAUCUGUUUCSACUUGUCAAUGAGCGUUUGUAAUUGAUAGAAGCUGAUUACGUCAUGAUCUCUCGUUAACUGGAGUCGUUGUCUGUCUGUGGGUGAGAUAUCAGAUAUGUCGUGUUCGUUCCAGUUCAAGUAGGAAAUGAUGAACCAUAGACAGACAUGUCGACGUGUGCCUUGAAGU